UGUCAAAACCCCGACAAAUGUCAAACAAAACUUUUCUAGCUGACGUGUUGACGCCGAAACAUUUCUGAAAAAAACUUGAAUACGUUUUAAAAAUAAUUAAAAAAAUAAAUAAAAUCUCAUCAUGUUCGAUAUUCAAACACACAUGGACUUUGAUGGCCAACACAAAGCCGAGAAAUACUCUCGCUUCAUCAUCACACUGUUUGGCAUUGUUGGCUUAAUUUGGGGAGCAAUCAUUCAGCAAUUUUCACAAACUGUCUACAUUCUUGGAGCUGGAUUCUUAUUAGCUGCACUUCUCACUGUUCCACCAUGGCCAAUCUACAGACGUCGUCCAUUGAAUUGGCAAAAACCACGUCCCGAAACCACCACUACCAACGGUGAAGAAUCAAAGAAAAAGAAGAAGUAGAUUUAAGUUUUUUUAUAAAGUCAUUCCUAAAUAAUCAGAAAAAAAAAAAUAAAAUAAAAAAAUUG